CCGUCCGCACGUGUACCGCUCCAGCCUCCCGUGCCACGCGCUCUACUCCACCGCAAGAGCAACUCCCAAGUCACUCUUCAACAAGGGAGAGGGUUUAACACAACUCCUCAAGGAAGACUCGAAGAUCCUUAAACUACUUGAAAAUCAUCCAUUUCUUGGAGAUUCAGACCUUCAACGACUCUUCAAGUUCUCCCUGCUCCUCAAGACGGCAGAGUUCCUUAGGACAUAGAUAUUAUCAGUCUUACAGCCCUUGCGGAGUAUUUGAGUCCUCGUCAAGACCCCCUGAGGUUUGAGGUCUUAAGUCUCAGUUGCUUUGGCCGUUACAAGACUCCUGAAGAGCCUCAAGUCCUCGGCUUCGUCUUUCAAGCUGCCGAAGACUCACAAGUUCGAAGACUCGCCAGCGAUGACUGUCCCCAGGAGGUCCACCAUUCUUCUUCUGGCAUUCCCUCUCAUUCUUCUGUGGACACUUCCAAUCACAGCUCACAGGGUGAUGAAAGGCGGCUGUCUUAACUACGGCCAUUCCUGCCUCGGAGCACACGGCAAGAGGGCAUCCAUGCCGGCGUUGCCACGCCCACUCCUUGACAUCAUCAUGGACGCCCUCAACACGCCCGAACACAUUAACAAUAUGUACCCAUACGCCGUCAUCAACUCCUUAUCGGAUCAAAGGUCUGGGGUUCCUGCGAGGCGUUUCUUGUCACCUGCCGGAAAUCAGCUCGGUGACGAGGGAGUCGACCUGAGGCUGGGUGGGGUUGUGGGUGACGACGACCUGGAGGGCGUAGCCACCCGCGUCAAGGGUGACAGUUUGGGCAGCACAGGCAGCCAGGACCAGGACGCCAUGCUUUACUACGGAUCCAUCGAUGACGAUUACUCCGACGCCCGCUACAAGAGGCAAGUCUUCUCCUACAAAAGCCCUGUUGUGGCCACCUCGGCUGCCUCACGGGUAUUCCAUUCCACUGACAGCCAGGACUGGAAACGCAUUCACCUGCAAAAGGAACAGAAGCAGCAGGAAGAGCAGCAGCAACAAGAAAAUCAGCAUGAAGAGCAGCAAGGAACGCGGGAGUAUGUUCCUCAACGCACUCUUGCGUCCCAGGCCGUAAGUACAGAACUGGUGGAGGCGGUGAGUUGGUAGCUUGAGGACCAUUGACAACCAGGCUUCUAGUUCAUGCUUCCAGCCAUCACCUUAUCUCCAUCUGUUUGCCAAGCACUCUCAUCGUUAUUUAUGAUUUAUGUUCUCUUAAUCAUUAAAAAUUAUAUAUUUAAUAUUAAAAACAAAAUUUAUAUCCAGCUUACAUUGUUGGUAUAUAACAAAAGUUGGCUUAUAUAAAAUCAUCAUUGACAGACUUGGUGGUAGACAUUAUUGAUAAGACUUUAUAUAGUCUUAAAAACUUGCUAAGUUCACAUGUAACAAAGUUUGGAACACCUGUAAUAAAGGUAAAUGCAGCA